UGGACAGUUCCUAUGCAGAGACCAGAGGGACUGGGGGAGUGUGUGUAUGUGCGCUUGUGGCCGUGUGUGUGUGUGUGUGUGUGUGUGUGUGUGUCCACGUGUGUGUGUGUGUGCAUGUGUGUAUAAAAGCAGCGACACUUUGGGAAGGGUUAACUCCCGGCCAGGCUAUGCUCAGGGCCCCAGGGCUGGCCCAGGAGCGGGAGGGGUGGGCCUGGAAGGUGGAGCGGGCUUGGCUUGCAUUGGCUGCCUUUUCCAAGACAGGAGUGCAAAUGCUUGCCCAGCUGGCCUGAGCGUAGUGAACUCAAGUCUCCUGGAGGAAUGGCUGGAAAAGCCCACACCUGGAGGACCCUCCCUCCCUGCCCCUCCACGGCAGGUCGCAUCUGGGAGACGCUCGGGUCCUCAGAGGCUUGAGUGACAGUGAGCAAUUCACCGGCUCGCCAGCACUGGGUGGAGAGCAGCAGGCAAGGAUGGAUGCGACCGACAGCUUCCUGGUGAAUGGGAGCAACAUCACUCUGCCCUGCGAGCUAGGCAUCGAGAAUGAGACGCUCUUCUGCUUGGACCGGCCCCGUCCGGCCAAAGAGUGGCAGCCGGCAGUGCAGAUUCUCUUGUAUUCCCUGAUAUUCCUGCUCAGCGUGCUGGGGAACACCCUGGUCAUCACGGUGCUGAUUCGGAACAAGAGGAUGAGGACCGUCACCAACAUCUUCCUGCUGUCCCUGGCCGUCAGCGACCUCAUGCUCUGCCUCUUCUGCAUGCCUUUCAACCUCAUCCCCAACCUGCUCAAGGAUUUCAUCUUCGGCAGCGCGGUCUGCAAGACCACCGCCUACUUCAUGGGCACGUCUGUGAGUGUAUCCACUUUUAAUCUGGUCGCCAUAUCUCUGGAGAGAUACGGUGCGAUUUGCAAACCCUUGCAGUCCCGGGUCUGGCAGACGAAAUCCCACGCUUUGAAGGUGAUCGCCGCUACCUGGUGCCUCUCCUUUACCAUCAUGACUCCGUACCCAGUUUAUAGCAACUUGGUGCCUUUUACCAAAAACAACAACCAGACGGCGAACAUGUGCCGCUUCUUACUGCCAAGUGACGUGAUGCAGCAGUUCUGGCACACGUUCCUGUUGCUCAUCCUCUUUCUUAUUCCUGGAAUCGUGAUGAUGGUGGCGUACGGAUUAAUCUCUUUGGAACUUUACCAAGGAAUAAAAUUUGAUGCUAGCCAGAAGAAGUCUGCUCGAGAGAGGAAGGCGAGCACCGGCAGCAGCAGUGGCAGCGGCAGGUACGAGGACAGCGACGGCUGCUACCUGCAGAGGCUGCAGCCCCGCCGGCAGCUGGAGCUGCAGCGCCUGUCCGUGGCCAGCGGCCGUGGGGCCAGCCGCAUCCGCAGCAGCAGCUCUGCCACCAACCUGCUGGCCAAGAAGCGGGUGAUCCGCAUGCUCAUGGUCAUUGUGGCGCUUUUCUUCCUGUGCUGGAUGCCCAUCUUCAGCGCCAACGCCUGGCGCGCCUACGACCCGGCCUCGGCCGAGCGCCAGCUCUCGGGGACGCCCAUCUCCUUCAUCCUCCUGCUGUCCUACACGUCCUCCUGCGUCAACCCCAUCAUCUACUGCUUCAUGAACAAGCGCUUCCGCCUGGGUUUCCUGGCCACCUUCCCCUGCUGCCCGCACCCGGGGCCCCCGGGGGCGCGGGGAGAGGCGGGGGAGGAGGAGGGCAGAACCACGGGUGCAUCUCUGUCCAGGUACUCCUACAGCCACAUGGGGGGCAAUGCCCCCUGAGGGCAGAAGGAAGCAGGGGUGCUGAGGGAGGGAGAGAAGAAGAAAGCAGGAGCCAACAGGAGGCAGGCAGUGAGAGAGAAGGGAGGCUCCAUUCCAGGGGCAACUAGCCAUGGUUGCUCCUCAUCCUGCCUCCUGGUGCUGGGAUGGGGCCCUGGCUUGUUUUCUUGAGUUCAAGGCAGGACAUUUUCCCUAACAUCCUCAGGAGGAAGCCUCAGCAGGCGGGGCACUGAGUCCAGCUGGGUUCAUGCUGCCAAUGUAAUUGCCAGCACACAUUCCACCUGCGGGGGGAGGGGGCCUCCUGAGCUUUAGAAGGUUCUAGGCUAUCGAAGGUGGGCUCUCACUCAUGUGACACACUUCUAGCCUCUGCUGAUGCGGAGCUGGGGCGGCCGCUUUGCCCCUGGGGAGUCUAUCCCUCAUGUGCAUUCUCCAGUCACCCCCUCAUCGUGACCACAGAAGGGCAGAGGGAGCAACCCCUCCCCUGGCUGUUUUCUGUAGUAAGAGAGCAGCGUGACUUUAUCUUCUUGAGGUCUGUCUAGGACGUGCAGAGCCGUAAGUGUGUGCCGUCAUCAGAAUAGCACAAGAAACUGUCUCAGAGACGGAAUUUGGAAUUCCUGUUUCCCAAGUGAACAGAGAAUACCAGGCAAAGCAGCUGGAUCACAUGGUACCCUGCGAUAAGGAGUGGUGAGUGCCAGAGGCGCAUAGAAUUUUUGUCCAUGUUAAUGCUAUCUAUUGCUUAACUCCACUUUCACAUGGUGAGAGUAAGCCCCGUGGCUUCUUUGCCUCAAAUUAGUUUUUCUUACUCAUCUGGCACUUCCUCUGUUCCAGGAAGACCUCCAGGUUACGAAGGAGAGUUGUACGCUCCACGCGCCUGGCCCAGCGUGGAGACACGCGUAGUCGGGCCCAGAAUAAAAACGGGCAUCCUUGGACUCCGUUAACAAAAUAGCUUUUGAAUGUCGAAGCUGCCUAGGCCUUUAAGUGCAAUCUACCCAUUUGCUAAUAAUUGUAUUGAUUUUACAUACAUGUGUACACU